AUGAGUCAACAGGGUAACACUCAAAGGUUAGAACGAUUACAAGAAGUUAUUUUCAAGAACAUUUUCAUUGGAGCCCUUUAUGGUUCGUUGAUCGCAAUUCCCACGGACAUGUUACUGAGAUGGAAGUCGCCAAUGUACAGAUGGCUGGGAACCCGGGGAAGGGUGUUUUACUACACAAUUUGGAUGGCCUCAUGCGCCAACUUUUUAACUGAAAGACAGGUUAUGAAGUUUGAGGAAGUCACCAGAUUUGAAGACGAACAAAAGAAACGAAGAUUACUAGAGUUGAGUGUAGCCAAUGGUUCAUAUUAUGGGGACGAUACCGACAUGAUAAAGAUUCCAAAGAGAAAGUAA